AUGGGGGGCAAGACCGGAAACAAGGCCGCUUACUUCGAUAAGCUGAAGAGCCUUCUCGAUGAGUACAAGACCGUGUUCAUUGUCGGUGUCGACAAUGUCAGCUCUCAGCAGAUGCACGAGAUUCGUCUGAGUCUCCGUGGCGAGGCUAUUGUCCUCAUGGGCAAGAACACCAUGGUCCGCCGUGCCAUCAAGGGUUUCGUCAACGACAACCCCGAGUACGAGCGCCUGCUGCCCUUCGUCAAGGGCAACGUUGGUUUCAUCUUCACCAACGGUGACCUGAAGGCCACCAAGGAGAAGGUCCUGGCCAACCGUGUCGCUGCUCCCGCUCGUGCCGGUGCCAUCGCUCCCCUCGAUGUCUGGAUUCCUGCCGGUAACACCGGUAUGGAGCCGGGUAAGACCUCUUUCUUCCAGGCUCUCGGUGUCCCCACCAAGAUUGCUCGUGGUACCAUCGAAAUCACCACCGAUCUGAGACUCGUUGAGGCCAACACCAAGGUCGGCCCCUCCGAGGCCACCCUGCUGAACAUGCUGAACAUCUCGCCCUUCACCUACGGUAUGACCGUCCAGCAGGUGUAUGACGAUGGCCAGUGCUUCAGCGCCGACGUUCUGGACAUCGAGGAGUCUCAGCUCCUCGACGCCCUGACCGCCGCUAUCCAGAAGAUCGCUACCAUCUCUCUGGCCACUGGCUUCCCCACCCUCCCCGCUGUCGUGCACUCGCUCGUCAACAGCUACAAGAAGGUGCUCGCCGUCGCCAUCGAGACCGAGAUCAGCUGGCCCGAGAUCGAGGCCCUCAAGGACCGCAUCGCCAACCCCGAUGCCUACGCCUCCGCUGCUCCCGCCGCCGCUGCCGCUACCGGUGGUGGUGAGGCCCCCGCUGCCAAGCAGGAGGAGGAGGCUGAGGAGUCCGACGAUGACAUGGGCUUCGGUCUCUUCGACUAA